UCCCCUUGCUUGAACCCCGCCUUCCUGCCCCUUCCCAGACUUGGGAGAGUGUAAGUGGAGGCUUGUCAUGAUUGGCAUGCAGAAAGCUGGUAGAAUGUUGUUGGAAUUUUCUAGGGAGGCACAUGCGCGACACCCAAAAUGACUCCCAGCUCCGGUGGCCGCAGGUCAGCGCUUCUUGCCAGGCGCCCUGGUCUGUUUCAGAAAGUGCCGCCAAGCUCCUGGACAAGACCCCGUUCCCCGUCUGCAACCCGAACCCUCUGCUCCCUUCACCUGCCAGUCUCCAGUUGGCCCAGCUGCAGGCCCAGCUCACCCUCCACCGGCUGAAGUUGGCACAGACAGCAGUCACCAACAACACUGCAGCCGCCACCGUCCUGAACCAAGUCCUCUCCAAAGUGGCCAUGUCCCAGCCUCUCUUCAACCAGCUGAGACACCCGUCUGUGCUCAGUGGCCCCCAUGGCCACGCCGCGGUGCCCCAGCACGCUGCGACCAUUGCCGGUGCCCGGUUCCCCUCGAAUGCAAUGGCCUUUUCACCCCCCAGCCAAGCGAGAGGCCCAGGGCCCUCUGCGAGCCUCCCCAGCCAGCCUGCCAGCGCCAUAGUGAUGCAUCCUUUCGGUGGGGUGAUGGCCCAGAGCCAAGCCCAGCCUGCAGUCAUCUUGGGUAUUGGCAAGGCUGGGCCUGCUCCGGCUACCACGGGAUUCUACGAGUAUGGCAAAGCCAACACAGGCCAGGCAUAUGGCUCCGAAACAGACGGUCAGCCUGGCUUCCUGCCAGCCUCGGCCUCCGCCUCAGGCAGCGUGACCUAUGAAGGGCACUACAGCCAUGCAGGGCAAGAUGGUCGGGCUACCUUUUCCAAAGACUUCUACGGGCCCAGUGCGCAGGGGUCAAAUGUGGCAGGAGGGUUUCCAGCUGAGCAGGUAGGGGGCAUGAAAAACGAGAUAGGGCCGCUGCUGCAGGGUGCAAACAGCCAGUGGGAGAGCCCUCCUGGAUUCUCUGGCCAAAGCAAGGCCGAUCUUACAGCAGGCCCCAACCUGUGGCCUCCACCCCCCAACCAGCCCUAUGAACUGUAUGACCCUGAGGAGCCCACCGCAGACAGGACGCCCCCUUCCUUCGGGGCUCGGCUCAACAACAGCAAGCAGGGUUUCAGCGGUGCCCGGCGGCCGGCCAAGGAGGAGCAGGCGAUGCUGUCCAUGCGGCCCCUGCAGGCUCACGAGCUCAAUGAUUUCCACGGCGUGGCGCCCCUCCACUUGCCGCAUGUUUGCAGCAUGUGCGACAAGAAAGUAUUUGACUUGAAGGACUGGGAGCUGCACGUGAAAGGGAAGCUGCACGCUCAGAAAUGCCUGGUCUUCUCUGAACAUGCUGGCAUCCGGUGUGUACUUGCUUCGGCAGAGGGAACCCUGUGUACUUCCCCCAACAACACAGCUGUUUAUAACCCUGGUGGGAAUGAAGAUUAUGCCUCAACUCUUGGGAUGUCAUUUGCAGCCAUUCCAGCAAGGUCCUUCGCUCCGUCGAAUCCUGCAUUUCCCUCGGCCGCAUCAGGGACAAAUUUUGCACAGCGGAAAGGCGCGGGCCGCGUGGUGCACAUCUGCAACCUCCCCGAAGGAAGCUGCACUGAGAAUGACGUCAUUAACCUGGGGCUGCCCUUUGGGAAGGUCACGAAUUAUAUCCUCAUGAAGUCCACUAAUCAGGCCUUUUUAGAGAUGGCUUACACAGAAGCUGCCCAGGCCAUGGUCCAGUACUAUCAAGAAAAGGCUGCUGUGAUCAAUGGUGAGAAGUUGCUUAUUCGGAUGUCCAAGCGAUACAAGGAAUUGCAGCUGAAGAAACCCGGGAAAACCGUGGCUGCUAUCAUCCAGGACAUCCACUCCCAGAGGGAGAGGGACAUGUUCCGGGAAGCAGACAGAUAUGGCCCGGAACGGCCGCGUUCUCGCAGUCCUGUGAGCCGGUCUCUGUCCCCAAGGUCACAUACUCCAAGCUUCACCUCUUGCAGCUCUUCCCACAGCCCUCCAGGCCCCUCCCGGGCGGACUGGGGCAAUGGCCGGGACUCAUGGGAGCACUCUCCCUAUGCCUGGAGGGAGGAAGAGCGAGACCCCCCGCCCUGGAGGGCGAAUGGGGAGGACGUGCGGGACAGGACAGACACGUGGGCACACGAUCGCAGACACUAUCCCCGGCCCCUGGACAAGGCUGAGUCGGAUGAGCGCCUGGAAGGAGGGAGGGGCCACCGGGAGAAGUACCUGAGGUCUGGCUGCCCCAGCCCACCCCACUCUGCACCCAGCUACAGAUGCCGGGAGGAUGGCUACUACCGGAAAGAGCCCAAAACCAAACCGGAAAAGUACCUAAAGCAGCAGGAUGGUCCCGGGAGGCCCAGGAGGAAAGAAGAGGCCCGACUGCGGGAGAGCAGACACCCCCACCCCGAUGACUCAGGCAAGGAAGACGGGCUGGGGCCCAAGGUCACUAGAACCCCUGAGGGCACCAAGUCCAAGCAGAGUGAGAAAAAUAAAACCAAGAGGCCUGAUAGAGAUCAAGAAGGAGCUGAUGAUAGAAAAGAAAGGAAAAUGGCAGAGAAUGAGGCUGCAAAAGAGGAACAGGAGGGCAUGGAAGAAAGCCCCCAGUCAGUGGGCAGACAGGAGAAAGAGACAGAGUCCUCUGAUCCAAAAGUCACAAGGAUGAGGAAGGAUCAAGAUUGGGAAAGUGGAAGUGAGGCAGAGGGGGAGAGCUGGUACCCCACCAACAUGGAGGAACUAGUUACAGUGGAUGAGGUGGGGGAAGAAGAAGACUUUAUUAUGGAACCGGACAUCCCAGAGUUGGAAGAAAUUAUGCCCAUUGACCAGAAGGACAAAAUCUGCCCUGAAAUAUGUCCCUGUGUGAAGACUACCUUAGACCUGGAAGUGGCCAAGGAUUUGGAUUUCAUUCAUGAAGGAGUUAAGACCAUAGGGAAUGGGGCCGCAGAAAUUAGCCUCAAAUUGCCCAGACAACUGUCUUCUUCCAUGAGCUGUCCCGGUGACACGAACAUGGAAGUGCCUGGCCUAAAUCUGGAUGCUGAGCAGAAGCCAGCUGAAUGCGAGACAGGCCUCUCACUGGAGGAUUCCGACUGCUAUGAGAAGGAGGCAAAGAGAACGGAGAGCUCAGAUGUGUGUCUGGCCCCUGCAGCCCAGGAAAUGUCUUCCCCCCAGCCAGCGGAGGAGAGGGCCCAGCAGCCUAGCCCCUUUCCGGAUGACUGCAAGGCCAGGGGGUCCCCCGAAGAUGGGGCUUGUGAAGGCAGUGCCCAGGAGGAGAAAGCCAGCCCCCCUCCUGAAUCCGACCUCCAAAGCCAGGCUUGCCAAGGAGUAUUGACCGAGGAAAACUCCAGGUACAUGGAAAUGAAAUCUCUGGAUGUGAGAUCACCGGAAUAUACCGAAGAGCCCCUUUCUUUGCCUUCCUGGGAACCAGAGGAUGUGUUCAGUGAACUUAGCAUUCCUCUAGGCGUGGAGUUCGUGGUUCCCAGGACUGGGUUUUACUGCAAGCUGUGUGGGCUGUUCUACACCAGCGAGGAGGCUGCGAAGGUGAGCCACUGUCGCAGCGCUGUCCACUACAGGAACUUGCAGAAGUACUUGUCCCAGCUGGCCGAGGAUGGCCUCAAGGAGACGGUGGGGACAGGCAGCCCGAGGCCCGAGGACGGCGGAAUGGUGCCACACUUCGAAAGGAAAAAACUCUGAGGCGAUGCUGCUCCUGCUGCCACUAGAGGCUAGAAGAGGAGGCUUGCUGAAGUGGGGCCUGUCCGAGUGACGCAGAAGGGGAGUGCAGGCCAUGCAGGGCAUGUGGCUUGUUUGUUCCUGAGACUCAUUAGAACGCCCCUCCGGAGACUCCAGGAGCCAAGUCACCCGGCAUGUCCAGCCUGCAGAGGGCCACCGACUCUCUUCCUGCGGACUCUUGCUUCUCUCCCAGAACCUUCCGAUUUGCGUUUUUCUUUCUUCCUCUCCUUCCUUUCUCUCUCCCUCCUUCUGUGCCAAGGAUCAUUUCCUUUUCAUAAAAUCCAACUUCUCAGGGAUUUCACAGUGUUUAAAUUCUUGAUAGGAUAUAACAGGUCAGGUCUGGCUGAGUCAUGCAGGAAAAGGUUUAAUGGAAACUCUUGAGUCUAAAGAGCCACUUCUUCAGAAUCUUCAGCCCGUUCUGAGCCUGGCGUCCAUGUGUCCUGUGUGGGCCACUCAUAGGGGAGCUGAGUCAGGCUCUGCAAACCUGAGAGGGGCCACCAAAGACAGCCUAUUGGCAGAAAUGGGGAGUGGGUUCUAUAUACAGUGCUUCUUCCAGCAGGACCUUACCUUUAUGAAAAUCUCCUGAAUUUUUGUUUUUCUUUUUCUGAGGCAGAGACUUGUUACGUAGUCCAGGCUAGCCUUGCAUUCAUGAAGUAGCCC